GAAAGGACAUCAGACAGACAAACAGUCAGACUCAAGACCGAAGCUGCUGAUCUGAAACCAGACCUCCAGAAACCACCGUCAGGAUGUUGUGUCCCAGCGUCUUCCAGCCGUCCCCCGUCACCAUGAGGCCUUUCCUGGACCUGCACUGGCCCGUCCGCAGCUUGUGGCCCGAGACCCGGCCACUUUUCUACCACAUGGAGCAGGAGAUGAUCCGCCACAUGCAGGAGAUGAGGCAGAACAUGGAGUUCAUGGAGAGGCUGCACCAGAAGAUCUUCGAUGAGAUCGACCAGCCCACGUCCUCCACGGGCGUCUUCAAGCCCAUUACCUUCCAGGACCUGGGGAGGGACAGCAGCAACUUCGCCCUCAGCCUGGACACGACGGAGUUCUCCCCGGAAGAGCUGUCAGUCAAACAGGUGGGCAGGAAGCUGAGGGUGAGCGGCAAGACGGAGAAGAAGAAGGACGACGGGAAGGGUUCCUACUCCUACAGGUGUCAGGAGUUCAGGCAGGAGUUCGACCUGCCGGAAGGCGUCGACCCCGAGACCGUCACCUGCUCGCUCAUGGGCGGCCGGCUGCAGAUCCAAGCGCCGCGGGAGAGAGCGUUGAAUGAUGGGAAGGAGAGGGUGGUCCCCAUCAGCCUCACCUCGGCCCCAGCCAUCACCUCCUCCUCCUGCUCCAGCGGGGGGCAGGAGGGGAGCAGCACCUCCUCCUCAGAGAGCGCCCCUGCUGAGAAAAACUGAAGUGGAAACACACAGCGUGAACCAUCUCAUCUGUUCACCUAUCUUUGUUCCAGUGUAGUUCUGUUGUGACGGACGGAGGAACAUGAAGCUGAUGUUUUUAUAAUAAAUGAUCAGAGUCUGAUCAACUGUGGACAGAGUGAACCAUCUCAUCUAUUCUCCCGUCUUUGUCUCUCUGACGGACGGAGAACACGACAUUCUUUACAUGCACUUUGAUUUUUAAACAAUUAAAUGUUUAUAAUAAACAAAUUAUUUCAU